AUGACUUCGCCAUACGCCGCUGCGCAUGCAAAUCCCCAAGGAGCAGGAGAUGCCCGCCCAACUGGCUCGCAGAUCAUCGAAAAUCAAGGAUUGAGAGGCAAGCUCAACGGCAAGGUUAUGGUCUUGACUGGGGCAACAUCUGGCAUUGGCCUCGAGACCGCACGUGCGCUGUCAAUGACAGGAGCAACGCUGUUCCUGACGGCUCGUAACUUACCCGCAGCUGAGAAAGCCAUCCAGGAUAUCCUGGUGCUCGGUCGUAUCUCUUUGAUCCGCAUGGACAACAACUCCCUCACCAGCGUCCGAGCCGCCGCGACCGAGAUCCUGACCAGGUCGAACGGCAAGGUCAACAUCUUGGUAGCCAAUGCAGGCGUUAUGGGCAUUUCAGACCAUCAACUUACCGAGGACAACCAUGAAGUACACUUCCAAACGAACUUUCUAAGCCACUUCAUGCUUUUCCAGCUCUUGAAGGACGCCCUGCUGUCGAGCGCGACCUCGGACUUUCACUCCCGUGUCGUCGUCGUUGCGUCCUCGGCCCAUCGCGCCGCCACGCUACCGAAGAGCGACGACUACAGUUUCGAAAAGUCAGAGUAUGACCACAACAUGGCAUACGCGGGUUCCAACCUCGCAAAGAUCUACCUCGCCAACGAGGUCAACCGUCGCUACAGCUCUCAAGGUCUCUUCGCGACGAGCCUCCACCCCGGCGCUAUCAACACCAACAUCAGCCGCAACAUCGGUCCUGAGUUCGUGCAGCAGAUCUUGGCCAACCCCGAUGUCGUAAAAGUGUUGAAGUCGCCUGAGCAAGGCGCUGCUACGACGGUGCUCGCGGCGGUGGGGAGGGAGUGGGAGAGCAGAGGAGGGGUGUACUUGGAGGAUUGUGCGGAAGCGAAGCGUGGGGUGGAUGACGGGCAAGUGUUUGGAUCGGGCUGGGUGGAGCAGACAUUUAAUCCGGAGGCCGAGGGGCGGCUUUGGAGAGAUGCGUUGGAGCUUGUGUAUUUUAAGGUGGGUGCUUGA